AUGGCGUCCUCCAUUGAAACGAAAGGUUUAUCACUUGAAAUCCGCAAACUAAGGAAGAAGUUACGACAGAUUGACAAUUUGAAUCGCCUCGACCGACCACUACUAGAGGAAGAAGAAGAUAAGAUUUUAAAGACUCCCAGCAUCCGCUCGCAACUGAAGAAAAAACUCAAGCAGCUUGCAGUCCUAGAGAAGCAGUUUGUUGACACACAAAGUCAUAACGAAGCAGUGAGCGAGGUACCUCCAGAACAGAAUCCCUAUGGUGAGGACAGCCAGGAGAAUUCAAAUACCAUCUACGAUGUGAGCUACAAAGACUCCCUUGAGAUGAAACGACCUUAUGAGGAGGAGGGAGAGGUAAGGGAGGAGGAGGAUUUUGCUGGAGGGGAUUCGAUAUUUGAGAGCCGAGAUGGACAAGAAGAUGAGAUAACACCUCCAAAGAUUCCAAGACGGGAGUCGGAAGAGGAAGCUCUUCCUAAGCAGCAAGGAAAAGAAAAAGACAAGGGAACUUCUCAAGAGAUUCCAGUGCAAGAGAGCAUUAAAAGAACCACUCCAACCAAAGCUCCUGAAAUUCCUCCCUCGAGAAAAGAAAGAGGUGAUGAGGCGGCAGCUCCAAAGGUCUCGAGAAAAGAGAAAGAUUCAGGAGAAGGCACACGGCAGGGGGCGACCACAAAGUCAAGUCAAGAAAAAUCACAAGUAAAGACCAAAAGCAAAGCCAAACGACCUGCAGAUGAUGGUGAUAGUUGGGCCAAAGCAAAGUUCACCGUCCUGGACCUGGAAGGCCACAAUGACAUUGUAUGUGCUGUGUCAUGCAGUGGUACCAGACUACUGACUGGAAGCCGUGACACUAUGGUGAAGUAUUGGGAUCUCAACACUGGCACAGAACUCCGAAGCUUAGGGGGUCAUUCAGGGACUGUCACCUCGGUUAUUUUACUGUCUUCCGAUGAAAGUGCUGAAUUAGUUUCUGAUUAUGAUCUAUCAGUGGAGAAUGACCGUAUAGCCAUUACCGGAUCCAAGGAUUGUACAAUCAAGAUAUGGUCAUUGGAGACUGGCCAAGCCGUACACUCCAUCUAUACCUACAACCCUGUGGAAUGUCUUGGAUAUAUUGCUGAGAGAGGUCUCGUAGUCUCUGGCUCAGAUGGAGGAAAAGUAGAGUUGUGGGAUAUUAAGGAAGGAACCAAUGUUUUUUCAACCAUUGGUCAUGAUGACGCAAUCACCUGUGUUCAGACUAGUAAGACCAAUGUCUACACAAGUUCCAGUGAUGGGAUUAUCAAGCUGUGGCAGCUUCGCGAUAAAUCACUUCAUGCGACAUUCGUAUCCGAAAACAUCUCCAGUAAAUCCUCUACCCACCUGCUGAUGAGGAGGCAUAUUCGAUCCCUUGCAGUCUCUGGAGAGACUAUCUACUAUGGGGAUGACGGUUUGAAUGUCAAGGCAUUGGAUUGGAAGAGGGGGUUAGUCCACAAGUUGAAGAACCAUACUGGUGACUUUGGCAGCACAGACGCCAUGUGUUCAACUAAAGAUCUAAUAGUCUGCGCUGGAUAUGAUCUGGACGACGGAUCUGGCUACCUUAAUUUUUGGAGUGUUCCAGAUGAAGCAUAUCUCAGUACCCUUGGGGAUCAAGAAACAAGCCGCAUCAUUGCCAUCGACUGCACGCAGACUCGGGAGGGCGCUCUCCGUAUUGUCACAGGGGGACAAGAGCUGAGGGUGUGGGACAGGGUUCCCAGAAAGCAAUACAGUCCCCAGGACUCUGUACCUACAGAAUACAAUCGAGCCUUUGCCAUCAAGGCGAAUGAUUCAGACUUUGACUCGGACAUGGCAGAUAUGAGCGAGAGCGACGAGGCUGACGGACAUCCAAGACAGAGGCGAAGGGUCUCCCAAAGUAGCGAUACGUCAGCUAAAUCCUCAUGGUCGUCCUGGUGCUCCAUAGUUUAGCAAACAUAAAAAGGUAUUCUUGUAGCUCCGUCCCUUUGACAAUUUGAAAAAUAGUAUUAACCCAUUUCACCUGACGUCAUCAUCAGAAAAAUCUUGAAUGCGCCAUACUAGUGGGCAAUUUCACUGUG